AAAAAAAUACACGCCUUAAUCACAUUUACAUUGUUUUGCAUUUAUAAUGUGAUUUUUAGCGAUCAACUACUUAUAUAAAUAAAUAAAUUAAGCGGAUUUAUAAAAAAUCAAGAUGUAAAACUGAAAUUAUUCUGGGUUAAAAUUCUUAUUAAAACAAAUAAACAAACAAUCACUGAGAUGCUUCGAAUGUAAUCAUGUUUCAUUCAUUUGGAAGAUAACAGACAAAAAAAGAAAAUAUGUCAACUUCUUUGAUGGUUUCGCUUAAUUUUUACACUACUGCGAUAUACCUCAUUCGUUUAGUGCCAAACAGAUUUAUCAUUCAGACUUGAUCACUUCAAACACAUUCCAGUCACGUCAGUAUGAGAAUGAUGAGAAUCUGGUUAGUGUUAAUGAAUCUAUCAGUGAUAAAACGAUGUUUUCAAAUCAGAUUAAUAGAACAAUGAAUUCAAGGACUUUUAAUUCUACAUUACUGUACACCAUGAAUAAUAAUAAUGACGAGUUUGAUUUUCAGUCACCUGCCAUGAACAAAAGAAUCAUUGAAGGUGUUCUAAAACUUUUAAUAAAACUUGCUUCCAAUAACAGUACAUCUUAUGUUCAUUAUUCAAGUAAUCGUUUAAAACGCUCAUUAUCUUCUUCAGACUACUUGUCUUCCACAUCAUCGUCAAUGUUACCACCAACCUCGUUGUCUUCAACUUUUGCUUCAGAUGAUUUAAAUUUUGUUCAUGUUAAAAUUCAAGGAAUUAUAUUCGAUGUGAAAUUUCAACGUCCUGACUACAAGUCGAAUGGUGCAAUACAUUUACGUAAUCUCAUGAAACCAUAUCCUCAUUUAUUACUAGAUCCACAUUAUGCAGAGCAAGUCAUUACAGCUUAUAAUCCUCUAGUUAUGCAAAAUCAAAUAUGUAAAGAAUUUGAACAAAACCAAUCUAGUAAUUAUGUUGCUAAUAGUUUCUUCAUUGUGAAUGAUAUUGGUGCGCUCGUUGACAGGCCAAUGCAUGACAGAUUGCACAGAUUGUUCUUUCAAAUCACAUCUGCACUUGGUAUACCGAGUAUCACGUGGUUACCAAAUAGAGUUGGGCAGUUUGAGCUUGAUGAUUCACAAUUAGCUAUUCGAUUAGAACCUUUAACAUGGCAUGUUGCAAGAGCAUUGGUUGAUUUUAUGCAUGCGUAUAAAUGGAAUCUUGUUAUCAUGGUUUACAAUACACAAGUACCUGGAUCAGAUGUAUUAGUUGAGGAAUUUAGAAAACUCCAAGUUGAACGAAGUGCACAAGAUCAUCCAAAUUACUUCGAAUUUGAAAUAAAUUAUCAAUUUCCUUUUGAAGGAUUGACUUCUAUUGAAUUUACAGAAUGUAUAGAUCAAAUGUUAAGGGAGAUUCGACCAUGUUUAAUACCAUUAAUUAAUAUUUUAGAAAGCAUAUGGCGCGCCGAUGCAAGAGUUAUUAUAUUCAAUGGGAAUUUCUUUGAUCUAAAUACACUGCUUUAUAUAGCAGAUAGUUUGAAUGGUACAAAACAUGAACAUUUGAAAGCGUUAUUUGGUGAAGACUAUGUCUGGAUUUAUACACCGUCAACAAUGAGUUCCCUUACGGUAGCUGAUAAUCAGGACAAAGUAUCAUCUGAUAAUAACGUUCUUGCAGAAUCAACAAUGUUUAAAAAAAUUCCCGGGAUGUUUGGUUUAAUUUGUUUAAAUGAUCAUUCCAGUCGUAGAAGAAGUGCUGAAAUAGCACGAGAAGUUUGGCAAAAAUCAAUGAUUGAAUUAAUUUAUCAGUUGACUCAAAUCUAUCCACCAGACAAAUCAAUACAAAUCGAUACGCCGAAUAGAGAUACAUUAAUUUAUUUCAAACAGAUUUUAGAGAAGCUUAGACCUAUUAAAUUAUGUCAAUUUUCCGACCAUUUAAGUUGGCAAUGGGGAAGAAGAAUGUAUGAAACUGUCGACUCUGUCAAUUUACUUCAAGGCCUUUCGAAUCGUGAUGAAUCUGCUAGGCAUGAAGCAGCUGUUACUAUUCAACGUAUAUUUGAUUCGUGGUAUUUUGGCUUUGGUAGCCCCGCUGUCGCUGGUUUCUUAGAGACUGUAGCCAAUGAUACCGGUGGGGCUACUCUUGAUACGUCUAUGCACGGGUUGAUUACGGAGCAGAUCCCAGAUCUUUUAAGAAUACUGCAUACCGCCCCAUCAUCUGAUAUACGGUCUGCUGCUAGAGAUAUCUUGCGUGAUUUAAAGAUUCAGAAGGGGUUCAAAAUUCCGAAUACCGUUACAUCGUCUCCUAGUUUUAUUCAGUCACUGAACAUGGACCACAUGAAAUGCAUGGUUGAUGAACCAAAUGAAGGGGAUCCUUUUUACACUACUUAUAUAUUGUUUCGUGAGUAUUGGUUUCAAUGGGGACGCCUAAAUAACUACAUCAAUGUAAUGGGGUAUCAUCCUGAAUAUCUUGAAUGUUACAUGAAACUAAAGGAUCAUCUUUUUCGUGGUGACUUGCCAUUACCUUAUCCAGAUCGUUACUAUAUAGCCAUUAUUGCAGCUGCACAACAACGGUGUAUUUACCUAGUUCUUUUUUUUGUGCGUCAAUUCAUUAGUUCUGGUGGCCCUUUGUCGUGGUUACAGGGAGUACAGUAUGGGCCCCCAAAGUGGCGCCAAUUAUGUGGAUUAAACAGGGAUCUCUCAGAUCGUCCUUGGAAGAUUACAGCUGAUGAUAUUUACAACUUGACUCAUGGAGGGGAUUCGAAUCCAUUAAAAGAAGCAUUAUCAUUGUCUGAAUUAAUGCAUGUUGUAGCUAUCCUGUCUCAUGUUCAUGCUUUAGCUUGUUUCAUAUUUGGUUGUGGGAUUCGUCCUGAAAUUGAUAAUUAUGAUGGAUUAAUAAAUCUAAAUGUAGAUAACUGUAAUGAAGCAUACAUAUAUAACAAUCAAACUAGCAAUGGAAGUUUCCAAAAUAAUCUUCAUAGUUCUGAAAAUGGGAGCACAUGUUCCUGUUUAGUUGAACCAUGGGACGAUCAUACUUCAGAAAACGGAAAUGUAAAUAACCAGGACUCACACAAUGAUGAACCAUCUGAUGUAGAUGGAAAAUUAAAAGCUUCCAAAUUACUGAAAAUCAUCCAGACGGAAGAUUCAAGUUGGGAAGAUGUCGCAGAAGAUAUUGUUGCUGAACAAUUUUUAACCGCUAUCAUAUCUAAUAGUCAAUUGGAUUCUGAAGCUGUCUUCCCAUCAAAUAAUAUGAUGAAGCAUAUUGAAAAACUAUCUUAUCAUCCGCUCAUCUCACGUUUCUUAGAUUCUCCACAGUCUGGUUACAAAAAUUUCGAUGCUCGUCCAUUUCAUGCAACUGAGUAUUCAUGGCAAGAAGAAGGAUUACCUCUAGCUGAUCGUCUGUGCACUGAGCUAGGUUCACUUUUGGAUGAGAAAUUCCGAAAUGCUUAUGAUUUGACCUAUAAUACUCUAAACGGGAUUCAAAAUGUCGAUACGUCUCUUUAUCGUCGUACAGUUUGGAAUGAAGUGCAAAGUUUUUUCGGUAUAUGUCAUGAUGAUUUUCGUUAUGACCGUGUAAAUCGUUUGUUAACUACUUCACAACGUGCCUAUUUAAAAUUGUGUUCCACUUUCCCAGUUGCAGUUUAUACAAUACAAAAUCUCAAAUUUGAAAAUAUUUUCCCUGCCCUAUCAUCUUCAGAAAUGAUUCAUGUGAUCCUUAUGAUUAUUGAGGCUAGACAACAAGCUUGUCUAUCGUAUAUCCUUCGAGCGGUUUCUCAAUGUCAAGUCAGAAAUAAUUGA